UUUGCCUUAUGAUUCUCCAUUUAAAAGCUAAUUAUUUUUAUGGUUUCAGCUUAAGGUCACAUGCAUCCUACCUCCUAUUUCUAAUGAUCCAGAAGCUGAUGUUUGCAUGGAAGACGAAGCUAAUAAAGAUCUGGAUGACAUGGCCGAUUUAUCCAAGAGAGGUUAUAAGUUUAAAAUUAGAGAUUGGCGAAACAUGUCAGUAGACCUAUACGGUGCUAAUGAACAAAUAAGAAGAGCAUCUUUACUGUUUGGGAAUGGAGGGAUGAGUCAAGCUUCUUCUUCGUAUCAGGAGGAGUCUUUGGAAUCAAAGAUCAACAGAAUCAGCGAGAUGGUGGGAGAUAAUUUAAGGAUCAUGAACGAUCGUUUGUGUUUGAUUGAAAAAGACAGGAAACAGAUUAAAGAACGUGUGACAAAACUAGAGAAACUACAAAGAGUUACUUCAUAUGAAACUCCAAACAAUGAGACUGACACAACUCCAUUUCAUGAGACGGCUUCCAGACAAGGUGAAGCCAAUGCAGAUCAAGCAGAUGAACAACUUAACAAUGAGGAUACACGAGAGCCUAUGAAUGAGAUCACGAAAGAGACACCUGGUUCUCCAAUAGCUCAACAGAAUAUUGAGACUCCAGUCCUUACUCCAAUUCAGACGCAGCAGGAGACUCACGAGCUUAUGAAUGAGAUCAUUUCACCAAACAUUUCCGACACACAGCCAAAUACCCGAGCUCGCAGAAAUCUUUUAACAGAGCAAAAUAAGGAUGUAGAAAGCAGAGUUCAAAAUCCCUUUGAGAUCGGAGCAAAUGUGGAGAUUUCAUCACAAGAUGACAAUACUUGUCAUAAAUGGUAUCCAGGAAAUGUGUUGGCAACAUAUUUGGUUGAUGGGGUUGAGAUGGUGAAAGUUGAGUACUCCGUCCCGUCUCUGGACGAAAAGAAGAGGAAAAGGAGUGUUGAGACACGUGUAUCAAUUGACAGAAUACGUCCUCAACCACCACCUGAGAGAUCUGGAGCGAAGAAAAGUUAUGAGCUAAUGCAGGACGUGGAGGCGUUCGACAAUGGUGCCUGGUGCGCUGGAAAAGUUAAAGUCAUUUUGUUUGAUGGCUCGUGUUUUGUCUCUUUGAACAAUUCUAAAGAACAAAUUUACUUCCACCAUUCUGAGAUGCGAAAACCAAGAAAAUGGGUAGAUGGUGUUUGGGAGAUGACAAAAAAGAUGGAAGAAGAGCAGACGCAGAGUGUGAAUCCAAGUGAAGGAGAUGGUGAUAAAAAGGGGAAGGCGAAGGCUGUCGCUUGUAAGAAAAAUGAAGCAGCUGGUCCAUCAGAAGAUGGUGUUGGGAAAAUGGCAAAAGAGAUGGAAGUAAAGCAGGGUAAGAGUGUGAAACCAAGUCAAGACGAUCAUGCAAAAAAGGGGAAGCCUGAUGUUGGUAAGAAGAAGAAAGCAAAUGCUCAGCCAGUAGAUUUGCUUCCUUUUCUACAGCGAGAAGAGAAGAGGCCAAUACGACCUAGAAACCCUCCUAUACCUGUAACACCUGAGGUAAUCCUUCCAAUUGAUCCAUUUGUGACACCUGAAUUUCCUCGGUUUUCAAGGCUUGCACACUGGAUGGAUCUACGGGGCAUAUAUCGUGUACCGUUUUAUAUCAAUGGAAAAGAAAUUGAAAAAGAGUUCUUUCAAAAAAUGGACGAUGCAGAAAACAAUCUCAACAAAGAGCACAUAAAUGUUGCAUUUGAAAUGCUAAAUUGUAAGAGGGUUGAGCAAGGUGCUUGGUUCCGCAACAACAAUCUUCCAGCAGCAUGCUUUGUACCAGUCAAAUUCUUAGAAGUGGUUGGGUACGCUUAUGAAUCUGUCAGGAAGCCACAUAAGAAAAAACAAACGUUAUUGGAGGGCUGUGUAGGCGAACUUGUGAAAGGUUUAAUACAUCCAAAGAAGGUAUGGCUGGAAGAUGUUGAUGUUAUAUAUGGUGUCAUUGAAGAUAAGUUGAGCUAUCACUAUAUUGGGGUGGAGAUACAAUUGAUGGACAACACAAUCACACUCUUCCAUUGUGGUCUUCCAAAAGCAAAUAUCAAACGUGCUCUUAAUCAAAUCCAAGAACUGGCAGUGUUGAUUAGUGCCAUAAAGAUGGAACUUCUUGGUGAAGAGGUUAAUUUCGAAGAUAUCAGUCCAUUUGAAGUUAAGUUUGCAGAAGGGCUUCCAAAGACAAAAUUUCCAUACAACUGUGGUAUUUUUGUUGUGAAGAUGCUGGAAUGCAGGUCACUGGGAUUGAAGAGCAUGGCUAAUAUAAAUGAUGAAACUGCGAUGGACUUACGAAGCAAGCUAUGUUGUGAGAUCUUCGACCAGUUUAUGGAUAAAGAUUUCCAGGAAGGUCAAAGGAAGUGAAAAUGUCAUAUUUGUUC